AUGCCGCACCACACAGGCGCGCAGCCCGCGGUUAAAGUCGCCGUGCUCGGCGCCGGCGGCGGCAUCGGACAGACGCUGUCGCUGCUGCUCAAGACGGGCCUGGCGCCCGCUAGCGUCGCGCAGCAGCGUCGCGUACACAUCGCGCUGUACGACGUGAACCGCGACGCCGUCGCCGGCGCCGCCACGGACCUCUCGCACAUCGACACGCCCGUUUCCGUGUCGUGGCACGCGCCCGAGCCCGCAGGCGCGGACGCGCUCGCAGACCCGCUGCAGGCGUGCCUGGCGGGUGCGCAGCUCGUGGUGAUCCCCGCGGGCGUGCCGCGCAAGCCCGGCAUGACACGUGACGACCUCUUCAACAUCAACGCGCAGAUCGUGCGCACGCUGGCCGGCGGCAUCGCGCGCCACUGCGACCUGGCGCACGUGUUCGUGCUGCUGAUCUCGAACCCCGUCAACUCGCUGGUGCCCGUGCUGGUGGAAACGCUGACACAGCACUGCGGCGCGGACGCGGCGCUGGCGGCACAGAUCCCGCGCAGGGCCUUCGGCCUGACGCAGCUGGACGCGGUGCGCGCCUCCAGCUUCCUGCACCAGGCGCUGGACUGCGAGCCCUCGGAGACCGCCGUGGUGCCUGUGGUCGGCGGUCACUCGGGCAACACAAUUCUGCCGCUGUUCUCGCAGGCGCGCAUCGAGCCCGCGCGCGGGUCCGGCGCGGCGGCCGAGAGCCGGACUAGCACUAAGGCGGGCGCCAAGAUCGGCGCCAAGUCCGGUGCGACGGCGAUGCCCGCGCUCGACCCCGACGUGCGCCAGCGCCUCGUGCACCGCGUGCAGUUCGGCGGCGACGAGGUCGUGCGCGCCAAAAACGGCGCCGGCAGCGCCACGCUCUCCAUGGCGUACGCGGGCGCGCAGGUGGCGUGCAAGUUCGCCGAGAUGCUGCUGGGCGCGCGCGGCGAGGUGCGCGACACGCUGUACGCCAAGGUCGACGGUCACGUGCCCCUCGAUGCGAUCACCGAGCACGUCGGCUACUUCUCCGUGCCGCUGACCGUCACCGCCGCGCAGGGCGCGGCCCACGCCGACACGCACGUGCUGGAGCAGAUGGAUGCGUACGAGCGCGAGCAGCUGUGGCCGGCGUGCCUCGCGGAGCUGCGCGAGAGCGUCGACCGCGGGCUCGAGUGGGCGCACGCGCACAGGUGA